AAUGCCAUUGCCUUUUCAACUGAGCUUCAGAUACAUAGACCAAAUUAGCUUCUCUCUUCUGAUCGGGAAGUGAUUCAGUAAUCCGAUCCAAUGUCGGCUUUGUUCAAUUUCCACUCGUUCUUGACGGUGGUUCUGCUUGUGAUCUGCACAUGCACCUAUCUGAAGAUGCAGUUCCCCGCAAUUUUGGAGCAGAAAACUGGGUUUCGGGGAUUCUUUUGGAAGGCUGCUAGAAUAGGUGAACGUCUGAGCCCGUGGGUCUCAGUGGGUUGCUUCAUGAUGGGCGUUUCCAUCAUAUUCUUCUGAAUCUGAGAUUAAGCUCUAUUUUUUUUAAACAUUACAAACAUUAUUUUUUUUAAAAAAAAAAUUUAUAUUACCUUCUAUAACUUUGUACGGAUUAAAUUAACCACUAUGUCAGAAUCAUAAAAAGUGAUUGAAGAAAAAAGUCCAUUUUGAGAAA